GAAAAAAAAAUGAUAAUGAUCCUGUAACAAAAUUUAUUGGAUGUUCAAAAUGGAAUCCUCAUGAAAAACAUAUAUUUCAUAUAUUAAAUAAAAAUCAAAUUAAUAUUGACUUACUUGAAAAACUUUUUCAAGGAAAAGAGAAACUUAAUAAUCAAAUUUUACAAACUUGCAAAACUGUUUUAUCAACAUCAUCACGAUUACAAAAUUGUAAAUUUUAUCAUCCAGGAGAAAAUAAUACUAUUGGCUGUCAUGGAAAAAUUAUUCACUUGCAAUGUCAA